AUGUCAGAACCUAUUAAGGCAACAAUUGAGGUGUUGGUCAAGAGCCUUCAGGAUGAGGUAAAGGAACUACAAGAAGCACAAUCAGAUACAAAAACAACUAGAGAGGACUUUGAAGAGUUCCAAGGAAUUCUGACAAGAAGGAUAAAGGACAUAGAGAAGGAAAAUGAGAAGUGGAUGAAGCUAAUGCUUAAUUUUAACUCAGUCAUGAAAAUGAAGAUUAUAGGAAACUCACAAACGAGGUCGGAUUUUUACACCACGUACGCUGUUACUCAGAGGUAUUCUAAAGAACCUACAAAUCCCUGUGUCUUUUGCAAAGGUAACCAUUUUAAUAGUAACUGUACUGUUUAUAAGACCCUAGAACAGAGGAAACGAAGAGCGUAUGAGCUCGGGUUAUGUAUUCAGUGUUCGAGAUCAGGUCAUCGAUUCAAGGAUUGCAAGGCAAAUAAAGUUUGUUAUUAUUGUAAAAAGAACCAUAAUAGUGCUUUCUGCGAUCGAUUUGGUAAUGAAGCAACCUCCGCUAAUUCUCCGAUAGCGCCUGUACAAAAGGAUUUCAAAAAGGAAACGGCUACCCCAGUCACGACUGUAGAAACUGACAAUAUCUAA